CGUCCAGUUGGUGGCGGUAAUGCACCUUAAAUAGUCCAAUGAAGAAGAAGAAAACGAAAGUAGUUCUUUCUCAGGACAACCAGCGCUCUAGGAAAAACAUCUAUAGUUUGGUGUUGAAUCCUGGGGCAGUAAAGCACAGCAUGGGUUGGAAACUCUUCUACUGUGUUUUUACAUUGAUGAUCGGCCUUCUUGAAUGCCCCUCGAUUGGUAAUGGUAUCAUUAUUAAAACUGUGAAUUUGAAGCACUCUGUCACUCUCCCUUGCAAUGCAACCUGUGACAGUGGCAUCGUUUGGAAGAUUGUGGAUGGCCAGGUCGUUGCCAAGACUGAUCAAGGAAAAUUAAUUGAAGGAAAGCGCUUUGAGAAGAGGGUGGAAAUCAACAAAGACCUCUCUCUCACAAUCAGCUCUGCGGUGUACAAUGACAAGGGCUCAUAUGAGUGUGUCUGUGAUAAUCGGAAUGUUGCAGAUGUGAAGCUAGAUGUUCUGGUCCCGACAGAAAUAUCAGCUCACGUCGGAGAUAAUGUCACACUUCACUGCUAUGGCUCAACCAAUAAGCAGGCAACCGAUGGUGAGAUUUAUGUCCAGUGGGAGAAAGAAGGACAGACUGUGCUGAAGAUUGACCCGACCAAUACUACCUUUGGCCCUGGAUUCAAUGACAGGACAUCAGUGACCAGGGAUGGUUACGGAGAGGGUGACCUGUCCCUCACCUUCACCGGUGUACGCUCGUCUGACCAGGGGACCUACCUGUGCUUCUUCAACCGGGAUAGUAAGCCAGGAUAUCCACAUGGAGUCACUCUCACUGUUAAAGAAAAGCAAUUGGAGCCUGCAAUGACUAAUAGUGAAAGGAGUAGGGUACCAGUGAUAGGAAUAAUUAUUCUGUUAAUCAUUUGUGUGCUCGGGUUAAUGGCGAUUCACAAGAGAAACAGGAGACAGCCAACAGUGGGCUUCACAGUCACUGGAAAAGAGGACAACAUGAUGAUUGACAUAGCAUCACCAGCACAUCUCUCCAUCGAGGAUCUUCCUGUUCCAGUUCAGGACAGCCAACCGUUGCCAGAAGUCCAAAGAAUCCAGAGUUGUUGUGAUGAUCAUCUUGAUGAGACCACGUGUCCUGAGGGGAUGGAUGAACGCACAGAGGAAGAGGAGGAGCUCCAUCUCCCAGUAGCUGAAAGUGGGACACUGCUAGAGCAGGAGAAGAGUAGCACAGGGAGUUGAGUUAUGUAUGAAGGUAGUCUGUUCUGGUCGCCAACUUCUUUGUUGUCGUGAAAUGUUGGAUGAAAUGUUCUAUGUUCACUGGAGUGGAUGUGGAUGUCUUCCUAUCAUAGUUUACUGUAUGAAUCGGUAGCCAAUGACUGUAGCUUGAUUGCCUUGAAUCAAAUGAUACAGGGUUUAUUUUAUCUAGGGCCCAGUCUUUGCUGAUGUUCUGCCUAGUCUUCCAGCCUCACUGGUGGCUUAAAUUGUUUAAAGCUAGAGAUUUUACACCAGCAUAAGCAUUUUAUUGGGGGGUGAGAGGUAUAAAGGAGGAUCCUUUGAGUGUGUGGAUAUGAAAGGGAAGCUGGUAGGAUAUAAAGGAGGAAUUAUUAAUCUCUCUGGUGGUGGUGCUACUGAUAUUGUAACUGGAAGGUUUACUAGUCAAGAUCAAUGUCACAUUUAAUCUGGCCUUGCUUGAUAUCAAAGGGGAUAUCACAGUACGUGUAAUACACAAUAUCCCCACAAGAGGGCAGACGUACAACAUCAUUUUAAAGUAAACUAUGAUUCUUUUUGGGUCAGUGAUACACUUGGGACGUCCCUACCCUAAAUCCUAACCUUAAUCCACAAGCAAUACUUUAAUCCUUACAUUAACUAUUUUAUAUUUCAACUUCUGUGGGGUAGGCACGUCCCAAGGAUCCUCGAUAACAGAUGAAUGUAUUAUUAUAACGUAUUACAUGAUGUGUAAUAAAUAUAUGUAUUUGCUAAAUGA